UAUACCGAACUUCGGCUUGCGAAUUGAUGCUAAAUAUUAAAUGCAAUGGCUGCUUUUUUACAAUGGAGACGCUUCAACUUUUUUGACAAAGAAGUUGUGAAAGAUCCAGAGACUAGUCAAACUUAUGACAAGUUAAAGGAUAUUAAUAUAUCAGCUUCAGUUAGUGGACGAGGUCAGCUGAUAUUUGGAGAUCAUGAUGGCUACCUCCACAUGCUCAAUAGAGAACUCCAGAUCAAUAGCUUUAAAGCUUAUGAGAUUAGGGUGUCACAUCUAUUUCAGAUGAAACAACAUAAUUUGUUGAUAUCUAUAGGUGAAGAUGAACAAGGAGUGAACCCCUUGAUAAAAGUUUGGAAUCUAGAAAAGAUGGAGAAAGGAAUUCCAAACUGUACAAGGAUAAGCCGAGCUAUUCCUGCAAAUAAACCUACACCUGUGACCUGUUUAGCUGCUCAUGAAUGUUUGAACUGGAUGGCUGUUGGGUUUGAAAAUGGCAGUGUGAUUGUUCUAAAGGGUGACAUCACCAAAGACAGGCAUAGCAAAGCAAAAGUGGUAUAUGAGAACUCUAAACCUAUAACAGGACUUGCUAUGAAAACUUCAGGAAAGAACAUUAUAUUGUUUGUGACAACAGGAGGCAGUGUUAUCUCCAUUAAUAUUUCUGCAAAACAAGAACAAAAGACGACAUUAGAAGACUUUGGUUGUUGCAGCUCCUGUUCUGUGAUGACAGAUCAUACACAGGAUAACCAGUUAGUAAUAGGGAGACAAGAUGCAGUAUAUUUUUACCAGCCAGACGGUAGAGGACCAUGCCUGGCAUUUGAAGGAGAGAAACUCCAGCUACAUUGGUUUAGAGGCUAUCUGAUAGUUGUUGGAAAAGAAAACAAAGGCUUGCCUAGAGCUCCAAUCUUGGGAGGCCAGACCUUGGAGAUGAACAUAGUAUCAGUCUAUGAUAUACAGAAUAAGUUUAUUGCCUACACAGCACCAUAUGCAGAUGUUAUUAGUAUCUUGUGUGAAUGGGGAAGUGUCUAUAUCUUAAGUGGAGAUAGAAAGUUAUAUCAUUUACAAGAAAAGGACACACAGACAAAGUUAGAAAUGUUAUUUAAGAAAAAUAACUAUACCCUAGCAAUAAGCUUAGCUAAGUCCCAACAGUAUGACCAAGAUGGAUUGAUAGAUAUAUUUAAACAGUAUGGAGAUCACUUGUAUGGUAAAGGGGACCAUGAUGGGGCCAUAGAUCAGUAUAUCAAAACAAUAGGCAAACUGGAAGCAUCAUAUGUUAUUAGAAAGUUUUUGGAUGCCCAAAGAAUACACAAUUUGACUAAAUACCUACAAGCCUUACAUAAAGCACAGCAGGCCACAGAGGAACACACUACAUUGUUACUCAACUGUUACACAAAACUCAAGGAUGUUAACAAGUUAGAUGAGUUUAUCAUGACCAAAGAUAGGGAAGUAGAUUUUGAUGUUGAGACGGCCAUGAAAGUAUGUCGACAGGCUGGCUAUCACAAACAUGCCUUGUUUCUGGCUGAAAAACAUCAAAAGCAUGAAUGGUAUCUACGUAUACAGCUUGAAGACAAUAAAGAUUAUCAAAAAGCCUUGGAAUAUAUUGGGAAACUAGAAUUUGAUGAGGCUGAAGAGAAUUUGAAGAAAUAUGGUAAAAUGUUAAUCUCAGAAGUCCCCCAGCAAACAACUGAAUUACUCAAAAGAUUGUGUACAGACUACAGACCAAUAGACCGACCACUCAUUGAUCAAGUAAAUUUAGAUGGUGGGAUUCCCAGAAUACAGAAAGCUAGUGCAGAAGAAUUUAUACAUAUAUUUGUUAGUAACUCACCUAGACUUACAGAAUUCCUGGAACAUAUGAUUAAGGUUCAACCAAAUUCUCCCAGCCUAUUGUAUAAUACAUUACUUGAAUUAUACCUUCAUGACAUUGUUCAUGAGAAAGAUAUUAGUGCCAAAACAGAUAAAGUUAGAAAAACUGAAGAUUUACUGAAGAACCCAGAGGCCAAAUAUGACUUGGAUCAAGCCUUAGUUUUAUGUCAGAUGAAUAAUUUUAAAGCGGGAAUUUUGUAUCUUUAUGAAAAAGCUCAUUUAUAUCAACAGAUACUGAGGUACCAUAUGGAGCAUGAUGAUUAUGUGCAUGUCAUAGAUACAUGUAAGAAGUUUGGUGCACAGGAUUCCAAUUUAUGGGUACAAGCCUUGUCUUAUUUUGCUAGAAAGGAAGAGAACUGUAAACCACAACUCAUGGAUGUGUUAGCUCAUAUUGACAAAAAGAAUUUGUUACCACCGUUACUGGUUAUCCAAACAUUGGCCCACAAUUCCACUGCAACAUUAUCUGUUGUCAAGGACUAUAUAAUAAGAAGACUUCAGCUGGAAAAUGAUCAGAUAACAGAGGAUGAGAGGCUUAUAAAACAGUAUAGGGAAGAUACUGAAAAGAAACGAGCACAAAUUGAGGAACUCAAAACUACAGCAAAGAUAUUCCAAGCAGCUAAGUGUAGUAUAUGUAAUCACCCACUGGAACUUCCAUCUGUGCAUUUCCUGUGUGAGCCUCAUUCAUUCCAUCAACAUUGUUUUGAGAGUUAUGCUGAGAAUGAUUCUGAAUGUCCAGUGUGUGCCGCAGAAAACAGGAAGAUAAUGGACAUUAUUAGAGCACAAGAACAAAGUAAAGAUUUACAUGAGUUUUUCCACAACCAGUUGGAGCGAUCCCAGGAUGGAUUUUCAGUGGUGGCUGAUUAUUUUGGAAGAGGUGUUUUUAAUAAGGUCACCUUGAUAACAGAUUCUCCAACAAGACAAAGAACUGGUUCUAGACCCUCAUCAAGAUUGCCAUAACUAAAAACACUGGAGUGUUAAGUUGUUAUUAAAGUUCUUGAAUGCUCUUUAAAUGGACUAAAACUAUGAAAGAAAACUUGUCUGUGAUUAGAAACAGUGCAAUAUUGUUAACUAUUUAAAUAAAAAUAAACAUUGAUAUAUAAUAUAAACAUAUAGCAAAAGUCUAUACAUAUAGUAAAAGUUAUAAACAAUUUAUUAUAUUUACUUCUAGUGUUAUAGUGUAUAAUUUUUAUGCUCCUGCUACAAAGAAGAAAUUCAUUCAGUUA